UUAUUAACUGAGGUCUCUGUCAUUCGUCUUCGAGAGACCUUCGACACGGAGAGCGUCCCUCUGAAGAUCCCUUCGAAGUACUCCAAGCCGAGUCGUCCCUUCCCUUCCGACGGUUCGAUCAGGAGGGUUUUGGCGGAGUGCAGGGAGGUAACUUUCUUCAAACGACAAUGGCAGACGAUGAUUACAAUGAUGUAGACAUGGGUUAUGAGGAUGAGCCACCGGAGCCAGAGAUUGAGGAAGGAGCCGAGGAGGAUAUUGAGAAUAAUAAUAAUGAAGACAUUCCCGAUCAUAUUGGUCCUGAAGGUGAAGAAAAAGAGGAAGAAGAACAGGUUCAACGUGCCCGAAAGACUUCGAAAUAUAUGACUAAGUAUGAGCGUGCGAGAAUCUUGGGUACACGUGCCCUGCAGAUCAGCAUGAAUGCACCUGUGAUGGUUGAGUUGGAAGGUGAGACUGAUCCGCUUGAGAUAGCAAUGAAGGAGCUCCGGGAGCGCAAGAUACCAUUUACCAUCCGUCGUUACUUGCCUGAUGGAAGCUAUGAAGAUUGGGGAGUUGAUGAGCUAAUUGUGGAGGACUCCUGGAAGAGGCAAGUUGGAGGUGAUUGAUCAGUCUAUGCGUCACAUCUGGGUCGAAGGUUCUCGUAACCUUUUAAUUAGAUUUAGUAAUAUAUAAUGGUCUGUACAUUGGUGGUCUGUGGAUCCAGUCAUUCUGUGGUUUAACAUGGUCGCCAUUGUUUGACAAAUGGAUGUUAAAUAGUUUCAAUUCCUACAAAAUAGCAUCGCCCACUUGAUUGUGAAAUAGGCUAGGGAUUGUUAGGGGUGGUGAGGAAUGGAAGAACGACAUCCAAAGUCGGAAAAUGAUACUUCCAUUUCAACUCUUUUGAGCUUGAAUGUUUGAAAAUGGUAGACAGUGACCUAGUGGAAAAAAUGUCUUGAAAUGUUAUAUUCAAUCUAUAUGUGAUAUACAGCGAGGAUUAUUAUUCAGGUUAUAAA